AUGUCCACAGCACGCUUCGCUCCCCUCCUCAGAACUCGUGUGGUAGCUCCCACUCCUGGCUUCCAGGCGAUCCGAUCUAUUUCUGCUACAGCUUCGUACAACAAGGGACCUAUCGAUGCAACCAAGGACACACUCAAGAAGGCUGAUCGGACAGUAUCUGAUGCAGCAGUGAAGGGAAUUAACCAGGGUGAGAAAGCUGCCCACACCAUCAAGGAGGCUGUUGGCGCAGGAGCCCAGCAUGCUAAGGCCAAGGGAGAGGAGGCCAAGGGCGAUGCCGCGAAGGUUGCUGGCCAAGGACAGGGGAAGGCAGAGGAAGCUCUAGGCGAGGCCAAGGGGAAGACAAAAGAGGCAAUGGGUACGGUUGAAGGGAAGGCCAAGGAGGCUAAGAACCGCAUGUAA